AUGAUCCCAUCAACUCCUUCCUCUGCUCUUCCCAACAUCAUCUCAUCAUGUAUCUCCUCCGAUAGUCUGAUCUCGCUGGAAGAUUCAACUAAUAUCAACAAUAAUACAACAACAACAACAAUAACUUCUCCACAAAACUCAUCAAACGACUCUUCACUUCAAAUCAUUAAGAAUAUGGGCAUUGAAUACAUCUUCUUGGCAGAGUUUGAUAUCGAUAAAGGAUCCAUUGUUAAAGUACAAUAUCCAUCACCCUAUCCAUACGCUACAGAAUAUUCCAUUGCUAAUCUAAUGCUUCCGGAUGGAUCUCAUAAUUGUAUUGAAGAUACAACCGUUUUCUUCUUGAGAGGAAAUAAUGAAAUUAAUAAUAAUCACCAUAACGAAAAUAAUACAUCAGCAUCAUCGUUAAAUAAUAGUAAUAGUGGAAAUAAUAAUUCUAGUAUAUUGAGUAAUGGUAGUAAUGAUGGUGGUGAGGAAGCUAAAUCAUCACCAAGAAAUAGUCAGGAAGUGGUAGAGAAGGUUGAUUUGAAUACAAGUUUAGAAUCAACAAUUUUGUCGUCGGAUCAAGUGAUUACUGAACAAUCAAAGAAGGAAGAAAUUUUCUACUAUGUAUUAAAUGUACAAAAACAAAAGAAAUAUGAAGGUUUGAGAAGAGCUGCUCGUGUCAAGAGUCUUGCUAUUGUAUCAAAGCAUCCAUAUUGUUUUUCACUUAGAGAUUUAUUGAGUAAAGCAUUGGAUCACAUCUUUGAUGCCUAUGAUCAUACUGCAUACAGCAAGGAAAGGAAAAAGGAUGAAAAUGAAAGUUUACCAUCUUCACUAUCAGAAAAUAAUUUACAACAGACGGAUCUUAUUGAUGGUCUUGUUCAAACACUUGUUGAACACAUAUUCGAAACUUGUAAUAGUAUUGACUUGUCAUCAAUGAAAUUAUACACUGCCCAAGAAAAAUUAUUUUGGAGAUAUACCAUUGCCAAGAAGAAGCACACUACACAUAAUUUAAUGAUCAGAUAUCAGUAUGGAAAUAAGGUUGAACAAUUUCCAACUUCAAUACCAAUCUGUCUCUCAGAUAAUGAGAUACAAUAUCAACUCAACGGUAUUACACAAACCAGCUUGUGUAGAUUGGUGACUAAUUUCAAGGAAAAUACCAUGCUUAUUUUCAAUGCAAUUCUCUAUCAGAAGAGAAUUGUUUUCUUCAGUGGUCAACAAUUGGCUGGACAAGUUGUAAACACCCUCUUGUCCUCAUUGGUAAUGUUCCCAUUCUUACAUGAUUUGUUAAAGAAGAGAACAUUCCCAUAUGCUAGUUUUUCAAAUUUGGAAUUUUUGGAUGUGGAAGGUUACAUUGUUGGUGUUUGUAAUCCAAUGUUUGCCCAGAGAGAGGAAUAUUAUGAUCUCUUGGUCGAUAUUGACAAGAUGGAAGUUAAGGUCAGCCAAACCAUCAAUGAAGUGAGAAAGGAAGUUAAAAAGCAGGAAAAGAAGGAAAAGAAGGAAUUGAGAAAGAGAAGAGGUUCCAAAGUUAACAGCAUGGAUGUGAAAAAUAUUUCCAAUCAACAGGACAAGUCCUUGUUUGGAUCCAUGCUGAUGGAUACUAUGGACAUUAUCGAUACCAUUGGCGUUUCAGUUGGUGUGAACAAACCAAAAACAUUUGAUGAUAUUUGUUUCCUCACCAACGAUGACUUGCAAUUUAUCAAGGAAAUUAUUGAACUUAUUCAAUUCAGAACACCAAAAUCAAACAAUUUUGAAAUGUUGGAAGAUUUGAUUCGUUCUAAAUUCUAUUCCUACUCCAAGUCUAUCAUUGAUUUGGCAUUUGAUCAAGAAAAACAAAUUCUCUAUCAACAACAAUUAUAUCAUGGCUCUGUUCCAAGCAAUCAAGAAGCUGUAACUGAUAACAUCAAGAAGGCCCUUGCAUGGAGAUCUACACUAUCCUUCAAGGAGAAUAAGAGAAUCUAUCGUUCAGGAAGAAGACAAGUUCACAUCUCUACUGAAACACUCAACAUUGAGAGUGCCAUCCAAAAAUUGAGAAAGAAAACCUUACCAGAGGAGGAAUUAAUAUCCAUAUUCCAAACCUUUAUCAAACAUGUGAAUACAAGAGAAGAAAUUCUGGAAUUCUUGACCUUCCUUCCUGAAAAUGAAGGAGGCAUCGAACCUAUUGCCAUUUGUACAUUGCACUCAUCUGAAAUGAUGAGACUUUUGAGUGUUUCCUUUUUGAAAAAGAUUGAAACCAUUGAGGAAGGUAGAUUAUUAGUUCAAAAUAUGAACAUGUUCCUUUUAUUAGGUUAUGAUAGAGGAACCAAACUCUAUAAUUGA